AUGGAAACGUCGGGCAGCGUCGAGCCCAGUGCGCCACGGGAGGUGCCGGUGCCGACAGGAGCUGGGUGGCUUCAGGAGCGCGCCCCCAGAAAACCAACCCUGUCGGAAGAGUUUGGCAGCUUGGAUGUGUUGUGCGACAUGGAGGUAAGGACUCACCGGCUGCAUGUGUACAUUUUGUGACUAAGGGUUUUACCCCUGAACAAAGGUGUGACUCCACAUUGCUUUUGCUAUUUCCACUUCGAGUUCAAAGAAGAUUUUGUGAAGCUGUUCGAGAAAUCGCUGCGCACGCUCCCCUCCGUGGGCCUGCCCACCCUUCUGGCCUACAGACGGGACUCCUCACGAGAGAAUGUACAGAUUGAGACGGAGGAGGACUCUGCUCCGAGGUGCGAGUACUGCGGCAGCCUGCUGAAGCCGUUCCCCCUGCUCGAAGACGUCUGCCCGCCACCACAGGAUUACCAAUCCCAGUUCUGCUGUGAGCAGAACCGAGACCUCUACGAGUUCAUCGUGAACGAGAGGAGGAACUGUGAAGGGGCCCGGAGCGUCCCCGUGGCUGCGGGCCCCCGCGAGUCCCACGGCCCCGGUGCUGACGGGCUGCUGGCAGAGGAGAGAGCGUACCGGAGGCAGCAGGAGAGAGAAAUGGCCAGACAGUUGGCUUUCCUGGCAGCAGAGCCGACGAGUGCAGCUGAACGCUCCACCCGCGCCGGCACCAUUUCCUACCUGCUUUCUCGGGAGCCCCCUUCGCCAACGGGCUGGACGCUGGUGCCCGGUGAGAGUGCGGCAGAGCCCUCGGAGCAGCCCGUCUCCUGCAGCGUCGCCUGCUGCGGUUUCGUCCCCGUGGGCCGACAGGGGCUGAAGAACGAAUUGUUGGAAAAAUACUACAAACAUGGAGGGAAAUUCCUCACCAUGCUUCCAGAUGGAACAGCGCAGUUAUUCUAUCCGUCUGGAAAUCUGGCCAUCAUUGUCAUACGAGAGAAAAACCAGCUCACUUGCAUAGUACAGGAAGACAAGCCGAGUAACUCCAAAGUACGCGCGGUGUUUGAGUCCAACGGCAGAAGUACUUGCUAUUACCCGAACGGAGCCGAGUGGAUAACCAUGAGUAUUCAGGGAGGGCAGUAUUUGGACCAGGCAGGCAGCAGGGUGAGAAGGUGGAUGUGGCCAAACGGCAUCACGUCAUCAGGACCCCACGUCCCGCUGAGCCCCAUCUUCAUCUCCCUGAACCGGCACGUGGGGGUCAGGAUCCUGGGCCAGGACAAGAUCGUCGUUUCCUUCCUCGCCAUAGGGCAACAAGCCAAAUUCAACGUGGGAACCAAAGUGCAGGUCAGUGACGGCGGGCGGCUGCCUGCCCCUGCCCAGCUGGAUGAAGACGAGCUCCUGCUGCUUGCCUUCAGGGUGAGGAUCCUGCGGCUCUUUGACAGACUGCGUGGAUGCUUAAACUUUCCUUCCAAUGAGCAACGGGACAAAAUCAAGCCACCAGCAUACCUCAUCACACAGACUUUAAAGAUCUUACAGCUCUGCACAACCUCUGGCAUAAGCGAUGAGCUACGCAGCUCCGUCAGGGCGAUAGUAAAUGCUCAAGUCUGA